ACCUCUACCCUUUACUCUCUGAUUAAAAAAGAUUAAAACUUUGGCUUCAACAACAUCUUUUCUUCAAUAGGGUUUAUUGGUUCAAUCUCAAUCUCAGUGUAAGUACUUUUCUCCUGUUUAUGCUGUCAACUUCUUGGAAUCAUUGCUUCAUACUCAGCUAAUCCUUGUUUUUUGUGUGUGUGGAGAGAAUCUAGGAAUCAUCGAGAGUGAUUUUCAGAGUUUUGAGGUAUUGGUUUUUUGAUUAGGGUUUAUGGGUAUGAUUGCAAAGUUGCAAAUGACCCUCCAAUAGUGUGAUAGUGUUAUUAGUUCACAAGGUUCAAAGUUUGAAACUUUGGUAGAAAAUUUGAGGUUUUGGGGGUUUUAAGGUUUUGGGGUGUUCUAGAUAUGAUCAAACAGAUGCUUAGUAAAAUACCACGCAGGCCUUCAAAAUCAUCUCACAGUGAUUUCAACGGUGAUGAAGGGGUGGUCAAUGAUGGGGUUGAUUCCAAUUUCACCUUUAAAUUCAAUUCAGCUUCUUCAAAAGUCAAAACCUUUGAAUUUCAGUUUGGGUGGGUCGGAUUCGGGGAAUUGGAGUUUUGUACUGCCCUCUACGAGUUCAGUAAAACAAACCAAGCUAAGAAAUCUGCUCCUGCAGUUGCAUCCCAAGUUAGUUCUGUAAUGGCUCAAAGUGUUUAUGAGGCUUUGCCGGCUUUUCGAGACGUUCCUAGUUCGGAAAAGCCGAAUCUUUUUAUCAGGAAGUUGAGUAUGUGUUGUGUUGUGUUUGAUUUUAAUGAUCCUGCCAAGCAUUUUAAAGUGAAGGACAUCAAGAGGCAAACUUUGCUUGAGCUUGUUGAUUAUAUUUCGUCUGUGAAUUCGAAGUUCAAUGAAGUGACAAUGCAGGAGGUCACGAAGAUGGUGGCCGCAAACUUGUUUCGAACUCUGCCGUCUUCUAAUCAUGAUGGUAAGGUUGCAGAUGCUUAUGAUGUUGAAGAUGAGGAACCCACGUUUGAACCGGCAUGGAGUCAUCUGCAGGUUGUGUAUGAAAUUCUCUAUAGGUUUGUGGCUUCAUCAGAGACAGAUUCGAAGCUUGCUAAAAGAUACAUUGAUUAUUCAUUUGUGUUGAAACUUCUUGACCUCUUCGACUCUGAGGACCAAAGAGAGAGGGACUAUUUGAAGACUAUUCUCCACCGCAUUUAUGGGAAGUUCAUGGUACAUCGGCCGUUCAUUAGGAAAGCUAUCAACAAUACCUUUUACCAGUUCAUGUUUGAGACAGAGAAACACAAUGGAAUUGCAGAGUUGCUGGAGAUAUUAGGCAGCAUAAUUAAUGGAUUCGCUCUGCCUUUGAAAGAAGAGCAUAAGCUGUUCCUUGUCCGUGCUCUGAUCCCUCUUCACAGGCCGAAGUGUGUCUCUAUGUAUCAUCAACAGCUUUCCUAUUGCAUUACUCCAUUUGUUGAAAAGGAUGUCAAGUUAGCAGAUACAAUUAGAGGCAUUUUGAAAUAUUGGCCCAUUACUAAUAGUUCAAAGGAGGUAUUGUUCCUUGGUGAACUGGAGGAAGUUUUAGAAGCCACUCAACCUGCAGAAUUUCAGCGCUGUGUGGUGCCAUUGUUUUGUCAAAUUGGUAGAUGCCUCAACAGCCUACACUUCCAGGGUUGGAUCCUGUAGGAACCCUUCGUUUCUAAGACUCGAACACUAAACCUCUGCUGCUGUUGAUAGGAGACUUAGCCCCAAGAUGAAAAGCUUGAUUGGUUGAAGUGGAAGGGCCUGAAAACUUGGUCCUAAUGGCAUGAGAAGUAGGUGUAAGGAAGAGAAGGAUACUCAAGAGAAGGAACAAGUGGAACUGCUUCAUGUUCAAUAUUUAACUAUAUGACUCAGGCUAAGAGGGACAAAAGGUGCAAAUGCAAAUUUGGUGUGGGCUAAGCUUGUUUAUAUAGACAAAUGGUUGGUCUUUGGCUCAGUUUUGUUUCUGUAAUAUGCUUAAUGCCACCACAUUUAAUUUGUGCUUAGUAUUAGUACAGUUUAACGUGAACGGACUUUUAUCUCUGUCCAAAUGAAGAAUUAUGUUUACUUUUUAA